AUGCCACCUGGCCAGCAUUUCCACCCGUCAGCAUCACCCGUCAGUAUCACCCGCCAGCAUCAACGCCAGCAUCUUCGUCAGCAUCACCCACCAGCAUCACCCACCAGCAUCACCCGCCAGUAUCACCCGUCAGCAUCACCCGCCAGUAUCACCCGCCAGUAUCACCCGCCAGUAUCACCCGUCAUAUCAAUUCGCCAGCAUCACCCACCAGCAUCACCCACCAGCAUCACCCGCUCAGCAUCACCCACCAGCAUCACCCGUCAGCAUCACCCGUCAGCAUCACCCGUCAGGCAUCACCCGCCA